AUGGUCUAUUACUUUGGCCCGGUGGGUCGUCACAAUGCCCUUGUCAUGGAAUUGCUGGGACCUUCAUUGGAAGACCUUUUUGAGAUCUGUAAUCGCCAAUUCUCCCUCAAAACCGUCCUCAUGAUUGCUCUCCAACUGGUGAGUGUCUACUUUCGUUCCUCCUUUCUCUCGUCAUUUUUUGUCGUAUGGAGGUAUCCUUCUCCAGCGCCACUUCUCACAGUAAAAACGGCGGCAAAUUCCAGAUUGAUUAUGUUUAGAGUGAAGGAUUACUCAUAUGGUGCUCGUAACCAGGAUAACGGAAUCGGAACGCUCCGGCCAAGUAAUAACCCUAAUUCUACCCAAAACCUAACCCUACUUUUCCUGGAAUUUGGCGUGGAAGCACCUCUGCUGCAGGCGGUCCUAGUUUUUAUGUCCCGUUUGGUAGACUAUAUAUCAGUAAGCUUUACCGAGUUAGGUUUAGGGUCAUAG